AUUUAUCUUGUAAAGGUAGAUUUUUAAGUUUAUUAGAGCUAAGUUUGGUAAAUAAGUCCAGAACAAGCUUUGAGCCACUGAAAUUUUAAAAAUGGUGUUUAACUAACAGUAAGGAUGGAAUUUUUUUAAUGGCUGACUCAUUCAUGAUUGACUAGCCUCGAAGGCAGUUCCAGAAGAAAGGUUCCAGGCAGCUUUUGACUUCUGACAGCGUCUCUGGAACGCCAGUAGAGUCUCCUGGGGCAAAAGCUUUAAUGACAGGGGUUUGGGGAUGAGUACGCAGCCUUGACUAAGAUCUAUAAGGUUGAGUCUAGAGAGUAAAAAUUAGUCUUAUUUACACCUACGGUAUUAAGUGAUACUGGCACCUGAGUCGACCUUGUCUUUGGGGCUUGCAUAGCUACGAAUGGGACCAGUAACAGAGAAGGUUCUCUGCAUCCAAGGAGUAGAGUCCAAAACCUGACUUUUGACUUAGGUUGACUUGCACACCAGGUUUCUCUAUACCUUAUGAUAUACAGAAUUCAAACCUGAAUAUGUGAGUGCAGGUCAAGGGAAGGACCCUCAGGUUGGUAUCCUCAGCAAGGACUUUAGAGUUGGGUGUGUAAGAAGCACUCAACCUCCUUGUAUAGUGCCACGGACAGAGCAGCCAGGGCAGCUGGAAAGCAACACCCAGCUGGGGUGGGUGGAGGAAGAAUGCAUGUCCCCAUGGAACACGAUAAAGCAAAGUUCAAGGCUCAUGAUGACUAAUAGGUUCAUCUAGGAGGAUGGGUGACCAAGCAACCUUUGUAUUAUUUCCUACAGGUGGAAAUGAGAGGUGCCGUGUUCAUUCUAUCCUAAAGUAUCUCUUAGAGGACAUUGCUGUGGAGAAAGUGUAGUGCCUUGGAGUUUGGCUGGGUCAGAUUCCAGCCCUGCUCUCUAUUGCAGUGUCGACUCAAGCAUAGUAACUAAGGUUUCAUGAGCCUCAUUACGCUCAUCUGUAAAAUGGAAACAUGAUUACACUUCAGGGUUGUCAUAGGAGGGAAGGUCAUAGGAGUUACACAGAUGAGGGGACUCAACAGAGCAAGUGUUCCACCUCUCCCAGGCUCUGAGAAUGACACCAGAAUCUAUCUUUUUGCCACAAGAAAGUAGGCAGAGGCUCAUCGUUGCUCGUCAGAGUAUGCCACCUGCCACAGGAAAAUGGCCCCAGUCUCUUUGUGAGGAGAGGCUUGCCCUCCUAAGAGAAUUCUACUUCCUCUUUGCUUGAAUAAGACCAGCUGUUAGGGCCCCAGUACUCAGCAGCUAUGACAAAUUUCACUGCUUAAGACCCCUCAGCCUCUUAAAACAGGAGUUUUUCUGUAGCUAACAUAAGCUGCUCUCAGCAAGAUGCACAUUAGCACUUAAUGCUCAGGUGGGUGAGGGGGAACAGUCAAUGGAACACUUGGUGUAUCCACUGCAAUCCUGAUAUUGGUAAAAAGUCACUUCUCAUCUGGCUUUAAAGUAGGUCCAGCUUCUCAUUUUAACCUGUUUGCCAAGUCCCUAGUUUUUACUAUAGCUCUCGUGUCAUCUUUGAUUGCACCGGUAAUGUAGGGAUGCUCAGCCUGGACCCCAGACUUGGAGGCCCUAGAGAGACAGAUAAUCAGGCCAAGGGGGUCCCAGGAAAGGCUUGAGCAGAGAGCAUCCAACUGCCCCUGUCCUUUCUCACUCGCUUACCCUUGAUAUCUUCCUGAACUGGUAUGUUAGGUUCUCAGAGUACUAACUCUCAAACUUCACUGUACAUUAGAAUUACUGGGGAACUUUUUAAAAUCCAGAAAUUCAGGCUGUACCCCAAACAAUUAAAUUAGGCAUGAAUUAAAACAACAAAAGUAACCCCCCCAGGUGAUUCCAGUGUGCAGCCACAUGUGAGAACCAAUGUGUUAGUUGAUGGAAUGAAAAAUCGAGUGCAGUUACUUACUGGGUUGACUUUUGUGCGGUCACCAACUCUUAUCAUCUGAGGAUCACACAGGACACAAUGUCACCCCUAUGGGGCCACACUGCCUGUUCUGGUCACUACUGAGGUCUCAGUGGCAUAUAGCCAUUAUAACAGCUCUUUUUCCUUUUUACCGUGAAACAUUGACAGAGAUAGAGUAGUAUAUGCCCCCACCCCAUGUACUCAUCACCCAGCUGUCAUUCAUGUCUCCUCCGCCCCACACACACACUUUUUCUUGUAUGGAGGGGGUGGACUGCAGUAUUUUAAAGCAAAUCCCUGACAUAUAAUUUCAUCUAUAAAUACUUCAGUAUGUAUUUCUGAGAGAUAAGGACUUUAAAACAAGAACCGCAAUACCAUGAUCACACCUAAGAAAAUUAACAGUAGUUCUUUAAUCUCAUCUAAUACCAAAUCCAUGUUCUAUUUUCUCCAAUUUGUCUGAAAAAUACCUUUAUACAUUUGGUUUAUUCCAAUUAAAGCCCAAACAAGUGUUACUCACUUUUAGUAGUUUGACUUUAACCCCAGGGUAAUUAAACUGUCAUUGUGUACACAGGUAACGAUGCAUAUGCACUUCUGAAAAGAGGUGUCAAUGGAAUUUGGCUCAGCUGAUGUUUACUGGAUGGGCUCUCUCCUCCUUCCUUCCUUAGCCCUUCUGGUGGGAUCUUGACAUGUUACAGAGGAAAUGCUAAUUGAAGCCCCAGCCACAACCACUUCUGUGCUCUGCUUCUGCCUGAAGGCAUGUUCCCUUUGGUAAACUUAGAAUAGAACCUUCAGGAUGCAUGUGGAAAGAGAGUAUGAGUCAGCUCCGUGGACAGCUUAGAAUUUCCUGCCCCUUUGCUGGAGGCUGUGUCUGAGAAGUGCUGGGACUGCCCCCCGGGCUCCUCUUUGGUCUCUGCUAGGACUGCCGCUUUGACAGUUACCUAGGGAGUUGCCCAGGACUUGUGUUCUGAUGGAAGGACCAGCCAACACCCACACAGCCUUCCUUUCCUUGGUGUGCAGAUGGCUCUAUGCAGCCGUAUCUCCAGCUGGGCAUCUGGGUUCAGGUCAGACGAUGACCAGGAAAGGAGGGGGUGAGUUUCUGCCCUCUGAGGUAACACCUACCACCUCAUCAGUCAUUGCUUUGCCACAGUGUUCCCCCUCUAUGAGACCGAACACUGUUAGAAUUUCUUAGAGUCAGACGCUGCAGCUUUAAUGGGUGAUGAGGCUUUGGGGGGUCGGCAAGAGGAGGAUAAGGAUGGAGAAUGGGCAGCCUAAAUAAUCAAACUGUAUCACUCCUUUCACAAAUACCAAUCCAGUGCUACCACGUAUGCAUCAUUCAUUAUCCUGACCCAACAAAUCUAAAUUUGGUUUUAUUUUUCUGUAGCUUUUUUCUUCUUUAGAAGGGCUUUGUCUUGAUUUCAGAUGGGUUUACAGUUGCAAGAUUUUCUUCUGUCUUUGUAUCAUGGUUAGAUGGUUACAGAGCAGUAAACAAGCGUCUUAAUAUGUAAAGGCAACUCUAAUGUAUAAGGUUAUUUAUCACAGGAUUAUUUUUAACAGCAAAAAGUUUGGAAAACACUAAAUGUUCAUUAAUAAGAAACUAGUUAAAUAAAUCAUGGUACAUCCUUAUAGUGGAAUAUUGUGCAGAUAUAAAAGGAAAUGAAUUAGUUGUGUUUCAAUAUGGAAAGAUUGUGGCCAGGCAUGGUGGCUCACGCCUGUAAUCUCAGCACUUUGGGAGGCCGAGGCGGGCGGAUCAUGAGGUCAGGAGAUUGAGACCAUCCUGGCUAACACGGUGAAACCCCGUCUCUACUAAAAAUACAAAAAAUUAGCCGGGCAUGGUGGCGGGUGUCUGUAGUCCCAGCUACUCAGGAGGCUGAGGCAGGAGAAUGGCGUAAACCCGGGAGGCAGAGCUUGCAGUGAGCCGAGAUUGCGCCACUGCACUCCAGACUGGGCAACAAAGUGAGACUCCAUCUCAAAAAAAAAAUAUGGAAAGACUGUGAAGAGAUAAACAGCAAGGUCUAGAACAUGUGAAUAACGUGCUUGCUACCUUUUUUGUGAGAUGAGUUUGGGAGAGAAUACAUAUUAAUAUUUGCAUAAACCCUAGAAGGAUACACAAAGCAACCUUUAAGAAAUGGGUACCACUGGCAUGUUGGGUAGGAGAAGGAAUGGGGCAGAUGGGAUGGUGGGAGUACGCCUUUGUAUUUUGAUUUAUGAAUCAAAUCAAUAUGAUACCUAUACAGAACAAUUAAUAAAAUUAAAAAGAAAAAUGCAUCUAUCUUUACAUUGUACAGAUAAAUUAAUGGCUUCAUUAUGCCCCAGUUAAUCUGUUUUGUAAGCUUCUGGCCACUGCUUAUCCACAUUUAAACAGUCCAGAAUCUGCUCUGAAACGGACCCAUGGAAUGCCGUGCCCUGUUCUUCCCAUGAUGCUUUCCUCAACAACAGAUAAUAAAUUCAUGGUUGGCUCCUGGAGCCCAUGGGCGUUUCCCCUUCUUCACCCUGAAAUAUAAACUGAGCUGACAGCCUCUAAAAGUUUAACUGUAGGGAACAGGGAAGGCAGGUGCCUAUGUCCCACAGCAUAGUGGGCUGCUGUCUUCUUUCUUCAGAGGAGGUGUGGUGGGAGGAUAGGGAGCACAAGAGCAUGGCCUCCUCUCCCACCCCAGUCUCUCUUGCUUACCUGUUGGCAUUCUGUGCACCAUAUUGUCUGUAUGUUUGUGUUUAUUUCCAGCUUGUCCUGAGUGGUAGCAAAAUCUCUCUGAGCUGAACUGGUCCCACCCUGGUAGCUUUGGAAUGUUCAAAUGUUAAGACUUGCUCUUCACACUCCACACAUUCUUAGCAUCGGGGGCUCAUGGGAAACAAACAAAUGAAAUCCGUGGAACUCCUUUCUCCAUCUUGAGUGGAGAAAGAGGCAGAGAAGAUCUUUGGGGAGACUUGAAACAAAGAACCGUGAGAAUGAACCUUGUUUAAAAGUUUAAAAGUGUUCUGAAAAAUGAAAUUCAGGGACACUUGGGAUCUAUUCUCGGCUCUGCCACAAAUGUACCUUUUCUAUUUUAUUCCGGUUUGUGCAUUACUAUUAGGUUUCUACCUACAACAUAGGUAGAGCCCACAUUGACUGUCCAUUCCCCCUACUGUUUCGUCUUAGCCAGCUGAUACUUACUUUAAUGAAACUUGAGAGCUGUCCUUUUAAUGCCAGCUAAAUGAAGAGAGUGGGUAAGCCCUCCUCCUUUGGCCCUUUUCUUCCUUGAAUGAGGACUACGUGAGUACUAUUCUGAGGAUGAGUGCUGGUCAGUUGAGAUUUGAUCAGGGACUUGUCAUCUCUCCUACGGAUCUCUGUCCCUUUUGAAUAGGGCUAUACACACAGUGGAAAUCACAUGUGGUCACAGCUGCCUGAGACCGGCAUACAAGCCUUCGCCUCUUCCUCCAGUGCUGGGAAGAGUUAAUGUUCCUGUGAUGGAGUGCCACUUGAAGUCAUUGACUGGCAUUUAAGAGCCAUGUUGACACAUGAGUAUGUGCUGCAACUUUAAAUGCUCGAGGCACAUCAGGGGUGGCAAGGCACGUGGACAGGGGCCCCCAAAUCUCAGCCAACUCCAGGGUAUGUGUUCUUCAGAGGAAGGGCCUCUGCUCUCUAAACGUUCUCAGGCUCUUGCUGAGUGUGCGUUGUUCAAUUGGAAAGGGUAACUGUGCACCUAUGAGACUCCCCUGUAAAACACUCAUCUGCCAGACACAGCAAGCUUCUUUUCUUGGUGAGGUGCUUUGGAUACCCGCUUCUCUCCCCUCUCCCAGCAAGCUGUAUUAGGCUCACUCUUGGGGAUACCUGAGAGGAGGAGAUACUCGAAACAAGUUGGGUGCUCUCCACACAUGCCUCCCCUAUGCAGAAUGCAGGUAAGCCAUGGGCAGAAGUUGGGCCCCAAGUCAGUCGUCUGUAAGCUUUAUCUGAUAGUUUCCCAUCUAUUAACCAGUGAGCCCUGACUCACCUUCACUGGCCUAUUUUUAAAAUUUCUGUUAGAGCUGAAAUGUUUGUGGCAGAGCCAGGAAGAAUUUUCAAGUUUUUAGUAACUUUGGCUGCCCUGCUGGUGAUUUAUUUAACCUGCCACCUGAGAAUUCUCAUCCAGGUAAAUAUCCUAGAUGUGAUCAUCUACUUUUCUUAUUCUGGAAUCAUGAGAAACCAGAAAGUUAACUGUGACAGAAUUUUGGGAUUGGUUUUAGUUAGGUAGCUAAUUCUUAGUAAGGAACAAUGAGUUUAGAAUCUGAAUUUAGAAUCUUAGUAAUGAACAAUGAAUUUAGAAUCAGGCCCAGUUCUGGCUCCUGCAAUUAAAUUUGUACAAGGAACUUGAUCAACAGCUGUAAUUUUCUCUUCCAUCAAGUGUGCUUGGUCUGGACCUAGGUAUUUCUGAAGUCCAGUUUAGAAUUCCAGGCAGCUCUUCUAGUUCUGUAGUUAAUGUCUAAGGUUCAUAAGGUGUGAACCCCAUAAAUUAUUUAUUUGCCCCUCUGGGAAGCUGAACGAAAGCAGAAGAAAAUAAAAUCUUGCUAAGCCCUGUGCACAAUCUCUUUUGUUUUUAUCAGGAAUGAAUAAAUAGAAAAACGGGAAUGUUAUUUUCCAGUAAUUUUUUAAAUGGAUCUCAGUGGCGAAAAGUACGUUAAGUUAGCAAACGUGCCUCACAUACUGUGGAUGCCUGUAAGACUCUUACAUUCCUCUGCCUAGAUGUAUUUCAGGUGAAUGUUUUUCUUUGCAUUUGCUAAAUUUUCUGUAGUGAAUUUAUCACUUUUUGUAAUGAAGAGAAAAAUACACAUCACAGAAGUUUGCUAUUGUCAUUUCCUCCCCUCAUGUAAUCCUUAUCUCUACCCCCUGUAGAAGCCAAUAAAAGAUAAUCUGUGUUUGUUGAAUGAAUGAAGAAACCCAGUCUACCGUGGGUUUACCAUGUGCCAAAUGCGGAGCUACAAAAGGACAAAUGAAAAAGACCUAGAGAAUCUCAAGUCCAGUGGCAAAGAUGACAUGCAAAUCAUAGCAAAAUGCUGUAAUUGUGGCACCAAUUGCCAUGAAGACAGAAGAGGUUGUGCUAUAGACUCUGUCUCCCCAUCUUGGGUCUUUGUUUGGGAUAAAAGUCCAGUGUAAUUCUAAAACUCAGUGUUUGCAUAUUAUAUAACCAUAGCUAAUAUUGACAUUAGCUGCUGCUGUUGACUAAUGUUUGUUUGUAAGGAAAAGUGAGUUCUAGCUUUGGGGUAAGAUCCACAUCCUUUUGGACUGGUGUGUGAGUUUGGUGUGGUCUCUUAGAUCCAGCAUCAGGGACAUAGCUUUCCUCCCAAUCCAUUGGUCUUGAUCCACCAACAGUGCCCAGCUUUCUUUCCACUCCCCUCUUCUUUAUGGGAUACUUUUAUUGUUAGGCAGUUUUCUCAUUUUGCUGUGUUGGAGCUUCAGGUACUAAACUAGUUUAAACCCUGCAUUUUCUAGACAAGGAAUUUGAAGCACAAAGAAGUUAAGUGACUCUACCUCAGAUUGUAUAACUAGUGGCAAAGCCAGGCCAAAGCUACUGCCUCUCAAUAGAAUAAAUUUGCAAGAUUUCUAACUCCAUUAAUUAUGGGCUGUUUACCUAGGAGAAUGAUUAAAAAGUAUUGUUGAAAGUUCUUAGAAGACAUUUCCAUGUCCACAGCUGUAUAGGCAUCUGACAAACAGAUAGCUUCCAUGUGAAAGGUUUACUUAGCUAGGAAGCUGUCUUGGAUAAGUUUUUUGUGGCCAGCAUCAAGGUGAGUAAUAGAUUUCUCUGCUUAAGACUAUUCUUAGAAUUAUACAGAGCAGCUUCAGGUCUAAUUCUGGCUUAGAGGUAGGGAAACAGCAGAAUGGGUUGAGUUGGCCUGAGUGGCAGAUUUGGGUCUAGCAUGCUUAGUCCGGUUAAUGAUCCUCUUGGUGCAAGUGCUCCUUAAGGAAUAGGUCAUUCAACUUUAAGCUGAUUUCAAGCUCAGACCUCAUUGUUCAGCCUGUCAGGUGCUAAAUACAUUAAAUGGUCACUCCUUAACUCCCUUUAUCUCAUUUCCAGGACUUGAGUUAACCCAAUCCCUUGAACUUCAAAUUCCACUUCUAGAUCUAGACUUGGUCUGUUUGCAACCAGGUCUGAAGCCAGGCCUUGUCCUGGUUGGUCCUCAACACUCUUUUGCCAGGCUUUAAGGGGAAACUGGUCUCCUCUCAUAGACACCUGGCCUCCCAUCAGCCACAUAAUCAGCACCCUGAAUGCCGCAACCAUUCCCUUUUCAUUGCUAAUCAAGCCCCCGGCUCUUCCCAGACUUUCCCAGAGUGACUUUCCCAUAUUUCUAAUGUAUUUUGGAUUCUUCCUCUCUCAUCAGGCCUGCUGCAUUUGUGUAACAUACUGUGCAGGAGAAACUCAGACUAUCUAGACAAAGCCUGCCGACUAAUCCAGCCCUUAUUUUCCCUCCACACAGUCCAGGAACAGAAUUUACGGGUGUGAUAAUAGAACCCUAUGGAGCACCCCACACAGAGUGGGCUUUGGGAGAAUGUGAGUUCCCUUUGCCUUUCCCUAAAGAAACCUGGGCUGAAACCACAGUCCUAGCUCUGAAAGAUGCUUACAUUAUAGAGCCUUUUUUUUUUCUUUCUUUCUUUUUUGAGACAGCCUCGCUCUGUCUUCCAGGCAGGAGUGCAGUGGUGCGAUCUCUGUUCACUGCAACCUCUGCUUCCCGGGCUCAAACGAUUCUCCUGCCUCAGCCUCCCAAGUAGCUGGGAUUACAGGCAUCCACCACACCCGGAUAAUUUUUGUAUUUUUAGUAGAGACGGGCUUUCACCAUGUUAGCCAAGCUCAUUUCAAACUCCUGAACUCAAAUCAUCUGCCUGCCCCGGCCUCCCAAAGUGCUGGGAUUAGAGGCAUGAGCCACCGCACCCGGUUGAGCCUCUUACUUUUUUUUUUCAAUCUACUUGGCAUAAUAGCCCAUAUGCAUUUCAUCUGCGAGAGCCAGGUCUUCUGGCUCUGGCCAAGCUGAACAUCCCCAAAUUAACCCUGAGCUUUGGAGAGAGCUUUAUUUUACCCCCUCUGCCAGCCCGUUACACUUUAAGAAACAUAGCUGAAAACUGACUUAGCUUCAAGUAAGAUUUGUCACUGUGUGUACUGAAGGCCCGGCUCUACUAGGUAACAAUAGAAAUCAUCUGCCUCCGCUGCCUCCUUGACCAGCCCUCAUCAUUCUCGUCAGUAUUUAACAUAGGCAUUUCUCUAUUGGAUUGAUUUCUCAAAGAUGUUGAUAUUUUCCAGUAAGGCAGCAAGUGACCACCAGAAAGACACCGUGUAUAUCUAAGUACACCCCAGUUUAAUCUGUUCAAACAGCUGGCUGAGGCUUCUUUUUUCAAGAGAACAUAACUGAAGGCAGUUAGAAUGGUUUCUUUUGUGCAAAUUUCCCCUCCCAGAGACCAGUCCCAGGAGUUCCUUCAACUGCAUUAUCCAUUAAUGCUGUGGAUUCAUUUCCCCCAAAUAAACAAGUUUUCCUGCCAAAAAAAAUAUUCAGUAUGAUUGGAUGCGGGGAUAUGUCUUGGGACCUGAUUUUGAGGCAUGUUCUUCAUUUUUCUGGGUUGGCCCUCAUUCUCCUUACUGAGCUCUUACGGGCAGCGACAGUGUGGCUGUAGCCCUCAUUUCUGAAGGCCCUCACUGCCUUGUUAAUCCUGUGUGUGGCUAUUCAGCCCCCUUGAAAGCAUCCUUCAUUUCUGUUUGCUUAGUUUCCUGCAUGCCUCUUCCAGAUCAUCUUUCACCUCUUGCUUCAACCUCUGGGGACAUGUGUGGUUUCUACAUAAUGCACAAAUGUGACUUGGGGGGAGGGGAGGAUGGCUGUGGACUCAUACACUUCAGCUGGAGUCACUGGACUCUGAAAUAGGGGAGGUCCUUUCUGAAUGGGCUGGUCAGGGAGAUGGAAAGACCAACAGGCAACCUCAGGCACUGUAGAUUUCCCCUCCCACCGCAAGACAGAAAGCUGUGUAUGUGUUUUGCAUUAUAAGGAAAGUGUGAACUACAGCUCCUGUGGACCAAAUCACCAUAAAUAACACUCUUGUAUCUGAUUCUAAAUUGGGACAUUGAGGAGAAUAAGGGACCAACAACCAACAUCUCUAUAGGAAAAAGAUCUGGUUCUUUAUUCACCCAAAUGUUGAUCACCGGGGGUCAACGAACUUUCUCUAUGAAAGUUACAUGGUAAAUAUUUUCAGCUUUGGGGACCGUAUGGUUUCUGUCACAGCUGCUCAGGCCUGCCUUUGUAGCUCUCAAGCAGCCAUAGACAGCAUAUAAACACUCGAAUGUGUGGCUGGCCAUAAUUUGCCCACCUCUGAGAGAGUCUAAAUUCAUAAAAUUUACUAAUAUCAUUGUCAUUGUUGUUCACAUAAAUUGAUGAGUGUUCUGUGUGUGGCCAGGCUCUAUGCUAAGUACUUGUUGCGAAUGGUCGCAUUUAUACCAUUCAAAACAAUUCUGUAAGAUUAUUAAUAGUAUUGUACCCAUUUUACAGGUAAGGAAGCAGAAGCUUAGAGAAGUUAAAUAACAUUAAGUGUGGGCAAGGUUGAAUUUUGAACAAGAAAAUUUCACUCCAAACUCAUGCUUUAUACCACUACACAAUACAGUCAGCCUACAGUACCUGCAUCAUUGAUAUCCGCAUUUGCUUUUAGAUCCUGACAUAAGCCAGUAUUUGGACUUAAGUUAUAUACAUAUAUAGCUAAAGUUUUGCUGUAUAGUUACAGCUAAUUUUGCUUCUUACCUGCCGAGGAUCAGUGCUAGGAAAUGAAUACAUGAAGUCCUGGAGAGCUCAGAGGCAGAAGACAUAUAUGUCCAGGCUGCUUUCCAGGUUCUAAGACCCUGUGCUCUGAAAAUAGUGAGGUGGAGCCAGGCCUUCAGCAAGCUAUACUACUCCUUGGAAUGGCCUCACCCAGGCCCAGCACUGGCAUGAGCUGCCAAGCCAUUGCACACAGGUGCAGGCUCCUCAGCUGCUGGUGGCACAGACCACACUAGUAUGGUCAGGGGAGACUAGAAAUUGCAUAAUUAAGUUGUUUUCUAAAUAGUGGUAUCAUUAGCAUGCAAGUCGACCAAACAGAAAUGUCUGUUAAAGACGGCAGGAACCAUGUUUUGAUGCCUUUGUUGUUACAACGAGUAAAAUGUGUUCGAAGAAAACUUAGAGUAAAAGUAAAAGAUCAGGGGAAAAGUAUCGUAUAUGCUAUCACCACCAAAGUUCUUUCUUCAGGCUCAUUGGGAUGGUAGUGGGGGUUGGGGGUGGGGAUUCUGUGGUCAAAUAAAUUCGGAAAAUGCAAGCCUAGAAAAACUUGAACAAUAUUCUCAAGGAUAUAGUAUGAUGUUUUCCCAAAAUGUGUGUGUGUGUGUGUGUGUGUGUGUGUAUGUAUGUGUCUUCCCUUAUAAAAAUGUUUAUAAGGAAUAUCCUUUGAGAAACCUAAACCCAGAGGCAUUUCCCAGUGUUAACACUUUGGUAAAUUUCUUUAUGGUCCAAGAUUUUUCAAAUGGGUGGGCAUAUCAGCAACAGUAACUGUGGUGAUUAUUAAAUACUUAAAAAAUCCUUUUUUUUUGAGACAUGGUCUUUUGCUCCAUCACCCAGGCUGGAGUGCAGUGGUGCAAACAUAGCUUACUGCAGCUUCAGCCUCCCAGGUUCAGGCUAUCCUCCUGCCUCAGCUUUCUGUGUAGCUGGGACCACAGGCAUGCACCACCAUGCCCAGCUACUUUUUGUAUUUUUUGUAGAGACAGGGUCUCACUUUGUUGCCCAGGCUGGUCUCUAGCCUCAAGCAAUCCUCCCACCUCAGCCUCCCAAAGUGUUGGGAUUACAGGCAUGAGCCACUGCACCCAAUAAUCUCUUUUUUAAUUUUUUUAGGAAUAGGGGUUAUAUAUAUUCAUUCCUGUGUGUUUGUGAAUGUUUAAGUUUAUUUUGAAACAGUUCAUAAUUACAGAAAUGUUGCAAGAACAGUAUGAAGGACUCCCCUAUUCUCAUUUCCCCAUUUGUUACCAUUUUACUAUCUUUGCCUUAUUCUCACUGUUUGUGCAUGUAUGCACACAUUAUUAUUGCUAUUAUUUUUGUAUUUUUCAUUACUGAAAUCUGAAUUAUAAAAUUCUUCAAUGAACUGUGAACUUAUUUCUCCAAAAUACUAUAGAAACUCAAAUUAGACUACAAGUUUAUUAAUUUCCCCCAUUUCUACCUGUUGCAUUAAGGUAAAUUAUGCUUUUCAAGUGUGUGAAAAGUUAUAAAAUUUCAAGGAAACAUUUUGAUAAGGCUGCAGCCUGCAGUCCUCAUGAGGAGGAAAGAAUUGUCAAAGCCAAGGAAGUCUUCAGUUGAGGCCCAUGCACAAUCCUAAUCAGUCUGGAUUAGUGAGGUUGUAAUUUGAUGUUGGAUGGGACUGUCCCAACCUUUUGGAGCCAGUUUGAAGUCCUAUUAGACAGGGUCCUUUAAGAAUUAGAGUCAGCUGUUUGCUGAGGUGUGAACCUCAGCCUGAAACAUGCUUCCAUUUUUAAGUUUCAGGACUAAGGGGGCCAUGCAGGAGCUCUGGGCUUUAGUGACCCCUCUAUUUUGUUUCCUGUGGUGACUUGUCAUGUUUUCACAGCGCAUCAAUAUGGAUAGUUUUUAAAGUGACAGCCAGUUUCAACAGUGGUUUUAUUUCACAUACAUUGGAGCUUCCGUAUCUGGAUUUUUUUUUUUUUUUUUUUUGUCAGCCACUAAAUCAAAGCUCUUCCUCCUCCAGAUGGUUUAAGACACCCAAUUUGAACAUUAAGUGAGUCAAGCAAACCCUGUGCCACAUUACCAAAGGGCCUGCUGGUUUAAGAGACUAUGGAUGUGACUUACAUAACCUCUCAUGGAGCAUUUCCAAAACCUUGUAAGGAAGCUGGGUAUAGUCACCUCUCCUUCAUAACGUUAACACUGAGCCAUGAAGCCAGGGCUUGUGUCCUCAGAGAAUGCAUAAGGAAACGAUCACCAGAUCGCCCUGGGAGGAGAAGGCACUAGGCAUUUGUUCAGGAGGUUGAUGCAACACUCACAACAGCCGCAGGAUACAUGUAUCAUACCUCCCAGCUGGAAGGCAGAAACAACUUCAAGUUCAGCUCCCACACUCACAUGUGUGGUAGCUCUAUACCUAACUAGAAAAGUGCCUUGUUUAGGUAUAAAUUAGAUUGCAGGGACUGAAAAAAAAAAUUUUUUUUAAUUUUUAAAAACAUUUUAUUAUGAAAAUUUUCAGAUACUUCAAAAAAGAGAAAUACAGUCAGCCUGCAUAUGCGCACUACACAGAUGCAACCAUUUAUCAAGAUUUUGCCACAUUUCUUUACCCCGUCCCUUAUUUAUUUAUUUUUUGCUAAAAUAUUCACAACAAACCCCAGAUAUCGUAUCAUUUUACCCCUAACAUACUUCAACAUGCCUCUCUAAAAAAGUAGACAUUUUAUAAACACAAUGCCACUAUCCCACCUAUAAAAUUAAUCCAGGACCAAAAUUUUGAUGUGUACUUUUUACGUAGCUUCUGCAGCUGGGUAACCUCACAGCACAAGAAUCAACAAGUCCAUGCCUACACGAAUUCAGCUGAUAACUUUAAAGAGAGGGAUCCUUGCUCUCAACUUUGGACGAAAUUCUUUGGUUUGGGGCUGGGGGCAGGUGAAGAAUUUGCACUUGUGGUUCUCCAGAAUGUAAUCUCAGGUAUUGAACUGUGCCAUUUGCUUCCUGGGCAUUUCAUCCUUUCAUCAAUGAUUGGUAAUCAUAACUUACAGGAAUUUUUUAAACAAUAUUUUAAUUGGAAAACGCAUCUGUCAGCUGUCAGGCUUCCAGUUUCCACUUUUGAGAAGCAGGAUGUUGAAUGUGAGUAAUGACACAACAGGCCUAUAAAAUGCGGACUAACCCUCGGAUGACUCAUCCGGUACAAUGCAGUAUAUUUGUCAAGGAGACUGAAUCAUAUAUGGGGGAAACCACUUCUCAGGCAGCCAGCUGGUUCUCAGGUCAGCAAGAGACGAUCCAUUUUUAUCGGAAGCUUUAUAGUAGCAAUAAUGCUAAUACCCAGCACUCGGGCUCCACAAUGUAGAGGAAAUGGCAUCGCCUGGCAGUGACAGCUAUAUUGUGCGUGUCAAGGCUGUGGUUAUGACCAGAGAUGACUCCAGCGGGGGAUGGUUCCCACAGGAAGGAGGCGGGAUCAGUCGCGUCGGGGUCUGUAAGGUCAUGCACCCCGAAGGCAAUGGACGAAGCGGCUUUCUCAUCCAUGGUGAACGACAGAAAGACAAACUGGUGGUAUUGGAAUGCUAUGUAAGAAAGGACUUGGUCUACACCAAAGCCAAUCCAACGUUUCAUCAUUGGAAGGUCGAUAAUAGGAAGUUUGGACUUACUUUCCAAAGCCCUGCUGAUGCCCGAGCCUUUGACAGGGGAGUAAGGAAAGCAAUCGAAGACCUUAUAGAAGGUUCAACAACGUCAUCUUCCACCAUCCAUAAUGAAGCUGAGCUUGGCGAUGAUGACGUUUUUACAACAGCUACAGACAGUUCUUCUAAUUCCUCUCAGAAGAGAGAGCAACCUACUCGGACAAUCUCCUCUCCCACAUCCUGUGAGCACCGGAGGAUUUAUACCCUGGGCCACCUCCACGACUCAUACCCCACGGACCACUAUCACCUCGAUCAGCCGAUGCCAAGGCCCUACCGCCAGGUGAGCUUCCCGGACGACGACGAGGAGAUCGUGCGCAUCAACCCCCGGGAGAAGAUCUGGAUGACGGGGUACGAGGAUUACCGGCACGCACCCGUCAGGGGCAAGUACCCGGACCCCUCGGAGGACGCGGACUCCUCCUACGUGCGCUUCGCCAAGGGCGAGGUCCCCAAGCAUGACUACAACUACCCCUACGUGGACUCCUCAGACUUUGGCCUAGGCGAGGACCCCAAAGGCCGCGGGGGCAGCGUGAUCAAGACACAGCCCUCCCGGGGCAAGUCGCGGCGGCGGAAGGAGGACGGAGAGCGCUCGCGGUGCGUGUACUGCAGGGACAUGUUCAACCACGAGGAGAACCGCAGGGGCCACUGCCAGGACGCGCCCGACUCCGUGAGAACUUGCAUCCGCCGGGUGAGCUGCAUGUGGUGCGCGGACAGCAUGCUCUAUCACUGUAUGUCGGACCCCGAGGGAGACUAUACAGACCCUUGCUCGUGCGAUACUAGCGACGAGAAGUUUUGCCUCCGGUGGAUGGCUCUUAUUGCCUUGUCUUUCCUGGCCCCCUGUAUGUGCUGUUACCUGCCCCUUCGGGCCUGCUACCACUGCGGAGUGAUGUGCAGGUGCUGUGGCGGGAAGCACAAAGCGGCCGCGUGACUCAGUUUCCCUCCCUUCUCCCUCCAUCCGCAGCCACAGGGGAACUCGUCUCUUACAUACUCUCAUCUUCUCCCCCGCUCCCUUCCACUCCAAGGAGCGAGGAGGGCAAGCGGCCUCCCAGCUCCCUGGUACCUUGAGGCACCAUUCCAGCCAGGGACGCUGCCGGGUAGACUCUCCACUCCCCCUGCCGCCCACACUGCAGCAGCCACAUCCAUACACACACGCUCGCACAGUGUUCUGAGGAAGGAACCUUCGCCACAGACUCCUGUACUAUUAACAAUCUGUAACCAAGCUAACUGUCUCAUCCAUGUGUUGAUUUCCUGUUUCCUCCUCCCCCGCCUCUUCCAGUUCAAAGGAGUCUGCAAUUGGAACUGCUGAUUUUCGGUGGGUUUUGUAGUUGAUUUUUCCAAGAGCGUCGAAGACUCUCUUUCUCUUGGUUCACCUUGCCUGUCGCUAGCAAGCAUCUGGUUCAGCGGAAAUGGGAUGUGAGAAUGAUGAAACCCGACAGAAGUAUCUCAGCCUGCAGUCAGUUAUUAUGUAUAGGAGGUGAGCUAGUUAACAAACUUGUACCACAAAACAAUAUCGCUUUAACUUUUCUAAAGCCAAAUUUCCCAUGUAAGCUGCAGUUUCUAUCUUUAGCCCAUCAUCAUUUUCUGCCCCCCCAAAAUCUGUUGAAAUGAUUCACUGAUGCAAAACAUUCACCCGUAAUAGACUGAGAAUUGAGCCUUAACUUCAGAUUAACUUGUGAGAAUCAGGAAAAUUCCUUCAACUGCAUUGCAUCCUCUUGGACCAGGGCUAGAAUGGGGAUUUCAGGUUUCUGUGAGCCUCCCCAUUACCCCUAAAGUAGAACAUUUUUUAAAUUGUGUUGCCACCACUUCUAAAAAUUUAGCAAUAUUAGAAUAGGAUACUAGUGAAGUAAGAAAUUUUGCUUGUUGUUUUGCAAACCAAAUAGUUUCCUCAAACACAAAUCAGUGUUUCCACGAACAAGUUCCAAUUGAGAAACACUAAGGUUAUGGUGAAUAAAACCAUAGGGAGCUUCUUCCCCCCAACCCCUGGCUAUUUUAUAUUAAUGGGGAGAGGGGAUUUUUAAAUGUCAUAAAUUUGAAGAGUGGUGGGUUGCAUUUUCUUCAUUGGUUUAUGUUUUCGUUUCAUUUUGGACUCAAUUUCACAUCACCAAAUUCCUCAUUUAUACUUGGGGAAAAAACAAGGCCAUAUGUAAAAACCCUUCCAAUGCCUAAGUGUCUUUCUCCUGCAACUCCAAACCCAGACUCGCCACUUUGGGUGCACAGGUGGUUAGGUCAGCCAACUGGUUCUGCCUGUCGCCUUGCCACGGAGGAGGCUUCUAAUUAGCUGGAAAAGAGUAUUUUUCUAAUACGUUGCAAGGAUUAGCCAAAUCUUCUUAUUGAAAAAAGAAGAAAAGUGAAGAGUGGUUACCUAUACCUAGCAUAGUACAAUCAGAACCUCGUGGAGACCACCGGGGACAGGCUUGUGGACGCCGGCUGUUCUUCCCGCCACGAUCUUUCUGUGGUAGCGGCCAGCAGAAGACAUGGCCUGCUCCCCACUCCCUUUCCCCACUCCUUCUUUAUUGCACACAGGACACCAGUCUUCAAGGAAAGGGACUUUUUUCCAGUCUGCCAAUCAUAUUGGGAAAGUGCUAGCUGUGCUCACCUUCAUGGGGCUGUUUCCAGCUCGUCCACAAGCUCAUCGCGUUUCUUUAGUAGAUUACCGGUGUAAAUACCCAGUGUGCUUAUGAGUCAGUUAGUAGACGUCUUCAUUCAUUGGAGUAACUGGUUUAGGCUUUCCAGUUUGGAAAAGGAGCAGAGAGCUGUCCAUCUGGAUUGAUGGAAGAAAAGAGAACCUCAUCCAUGCCUGGAGAACAUCUAGAAAACCUUCAGCCAGCCUCCAGUGCUGUCGAGAGACCACCUUCCCCCGACCCGGAGGCACUUCCUUGGGGUCUUUCUCUAGGGUCUCUUCUCUACAAAGCACAACACUAAUGUUCGUUUCCUUAGACCUCAGUUCAAGUGCCCCUAUUUAUUUCAAUAAGAACGCACAUAUCCCUGCUGUUUUUUGUUUGUCACCUCUAUUUAGUUGUUACCUGUUUCUCUCUUCUUUCACCCCUUGUCCUUUUCCACCCUUUUAAGAGUUAUGCUAGCAGAUCUUACUCCACGUAUACUUUUUGGUUUGUGAAGGCAUCGGUUAAGGGCACAAAGACAGCCAUGGGGACAUUUAUGUAAAUACGUCUCUAAUUGCCACACUGCAGCUGAACAGUGUGUAGUAUUUUCCCAGUCAGCUUUGCCAUACUGACGUCAAUCAUUUGAGAGAAAUUAUUCAGAUUUUAUUUUUGUAUCUGUGGUAACAAAACAUUAACCAAAAGAUUUUCUGUCCAGAAGCCUCCCCGACCCCCCAAGCUAUUUGCUCACAUUAACAAAUUAAAGUGCCUGAAGCAUAAUUCAUUCUUUACCUGUAUACUAAAAACCCUGUUGUAUUGAUUUUUUUAUAAUAAGCCUUUUUACCUCUGUGUAAAAAAUAUAUAUACAAGUGUAUGAUGUACAUUUUAGUUCUUAACUUUUUUUUAUGGUUUCUAAUAUGUAUGACCAAUGUAGCUAUUGCUUUAAAAUGUACCGUGUAAAUAUAAACACAUCCUAUCAGA